AAAAAUAUAGAUAAAACGUUUGAGGUAAACAAAUGCCGACUUAAAUAAAAUACCUAGGCGUCGAGCACAAGGAAAGCUUUAUAGUCGGAGCGCGCGAGAGGAGCGCACGCGCACCGCGUUAGAAGAAAUAAUAGUUAGUAUAGAAUCAGAGUGAAAUGAGCUGGGAUCAGGACCGACCCGAGAAGCUGGAGAUCAAUGAAGCUGUCGGCAAGCUGCUGCAGUCAUUCAACUAUGAUACUAUCGUGCCGCAGCCCAGCAAGGGCGGCGGUUGCAUGCGGCGGGCUCAUGUGAAGCGCCCCAUGAAUGCUUUCAUGGUGUUCGCACAGGCAAUGCGCCGUAGGCUGUCUGAACAACGGCCGUCACUGCACAACGCUGAACUGAGCAAAUCCCUGGGAUCCAUGUGGAAGAGCUUGAGCGAAAUGGAAAAGCUACCGUUUGUUAAGGAAGCCGAAAAACUACGGACUCAGCACAAACGUGAGUACCCCGACUAUAAAUACCAACCUAGACGUCGCAAGCCACCGCCUACAGCAUCCACGAGACUAAAACGGGAACCUACACCAGAAAGAUCUCAAAUCGAUUUCUCCCGCAUCGAAGUCGAUGGCGCCUUACUAGCUGACGGACCGCCAGAUGGCGCUGAGCUCGACCAGUAUCUGAAACCAGUACCAGUGCCGGACUACCACGAGAUGCAGCCACGCUACACCCACACCUUAUCCCAUCACCCACCAGGGCUGUAUACCCCUGUGCCGUCACAUUUACACCCUCCGUGUGACUGGCAACACUACCCGCAUCCAUAAGAUAAAUGAAUAGAUAUUAGAGAUAUCCUGCUCAUCGGAAUCGUAGCCGUAAAAUCUCAUAUCAAAAUAGGUCACAAAUGUCUUGCUAUUGAUAUCUAUGUAAAUAACAGAGGCCUCUACAACGCUAACUUCAGCACACGUGCGUUUAAUCACAACGCAAUCGGGAUAUAACUUUAAGGAAUAAUUUUAAAAGUUUAAAAAAUAUGCCGCAAGUCUUUCGAAUUGUUAUAAUGUAUUGUAUAAUGAAGGAGGUAGUUAGGGAUAUAAGCCAUUUAAUAAAAUAAUAACAGAUUGGGUUUAGCCUUAAGUUUCUCGUAGGUAUAUUUAGUGUAGUAUAUAGGUGUACGUUUAAGACGUUGUUAUUAAAAAAAUGCUAAGAAAGCCUCAGGUUCCAAAGCUUAAAUUAUAUUUCUAGAUAAUAAUUAGUGUGUAAGUUAUAAUAAAAAUAAUAUUUGUUUUCCUUGUAAGUUAUUAUUGUGAUUAAUUAUUAUGUACUUUGUAAAAUUUAUUUUAAAUAAAAAAAAAUC